CAUUGUUUUCGAUAAGUCCGUGUCAUUCUAUUGAUUGAAUUAACAAAAAGUAGCGCUAAUUGCACUUAAUUAAUGUUACUCGGCUAAAAUUUACGACGUAUUUUAUGUGGCGGUGAGAACCAUAAGCACUAAAAAAAUCAACGUACUUAUUCGUCUAGGAAAUAUGGAAUCGGGCGGAGGUUCUUAUCAAAACGGUACCCAGACGAGGGAUCAUGACUUCCAAAAGUUAUCGCAAACAAUUGGUACUAGCAUUCAAAAGAUUUCGCAGAACGUAUCAUGGAUGCAAAGAAUGGUAAACCAAAUUGGUACCCAUCAGGAUUCGCCUGAGCUUAGAAAACAAUUACAUUCUAUCCAACAUUUCACUCAGCAACUGGCAAAAGAUACAAACGAUUACAUCAAAGACCUGAGUAAUAUAACCCCUUCUGGGUCACAGUCAGAACAAAGGCAACGGAAAAUGCAGAGGGAAAGACUUCAGGAUGAAUUCACUAGCUCCUUGAACAUGUUCCAACAAGUACAAAGGAGUACUGCUCAAAAGGAGAAAGACGAAUUAAAAAAGGCCAAACAGCAAGUUUAUGGAGAACCAUUUGUGCCGGGUUACAAGAAGGAUCAGCAGCUCAUAGAGCUUCAAGAUAAUGCUGCUAGGCAACAGCAACAUCAGCUUCAGGAAGAAGCUGACCUUAGGGCACUACAAGAACAGGAACAAUCAGUCAGACAGCUGGAGAGCGACAUCAAUGACGUAAAUCAAAUAUUUAAAGAGUUGGGUACCUUGGUUCAUGAACAAGGAGAAACUAUUGACAGUAUAGAAGCCAACGUUGAGAAUACUAGUCAGUAUGUGCGCCAGGGGGCGCAGCAGUUGCAGCAGGCUGGCUCCUUCAAAGACAAAGUAAGGAAGAAGAAGUUAAUCUUCGCUGGCAUAGGAGCACUGAUUUUAAUUGUGAUUAUAUUAAUUAUUAUUUGGAAAACUUCAUAAACAUUAUUGAGUAGAAGAAUUUUCAAUGAAUGGUCUUGUUGGUAUUUAUUCCUGUGUAAUUUGGUGCUAAAGGUUAAAAUUCUUCUACUAAAAUAAUAGUAUGCUGUUAAGUAUUAUACCAAACUUAUACUUUUAGCAAUAUUAAACAAACCUAACAUGUAUAAAGUUAUAUUAUGUAAAAAUAGGUCUAUCCUUAAGUAGUUUAUUUGAAAUAUAAUAUUUAAGUUAUAAUUAAAUUACUUUAUUUAGUUCCAAGAGGAAACUAAAAAUUAGUUAUUUAAUGCGAAUUUAAAUUACCUUGUCAAACACGUCAAUAUUGUAUAGUUUCAAAAAAAA